UAUUUUAACUGGACGAUAUCUUUGCUUUUCGCAAUCUCGCAGCACUGGAAACCCAGACGCCGAUAAGACGAUGAACUGAAACAUAACGCUGAGAGAGAGAUCAGAUACUGUCUGGCUCCCUCCGAAGCAGCGUGCUUCAAUUUCAGCACAGGGUGGUUUGCACCUCUCUAUAUCUUCUUGGCCCUUUGCUGCUAGCUCCGACUGCUUCGUAGGCGAGUUGAUCCAUGGAUCCAUUGGUUUCCACUCGGAUCGACAUCUUUGAGAUAUAUCGUCGAUACCGUGACAUCAAAACAGGAAAUACACAUCAUGCGGAAGAGGGCUACAGGCAAGACUGUGACCUUCAGAAGGCUAGACACUCAAGGGAGGCAUUGGCACAGCUAUUAAAAUUGGCGGAGUCCAGAGUUCAUAUAGGGGUAACAAUUUUUGAUGAAUUCUUAAUGCUAAUGGCAAAGCUUGACUUGACGGUGGAUUUUUCAGAAUUCUCUUGCUUCUAUGAUUUUGUUUUCUUCAUGUGUCGAGAAAAUGGUCAAAAGAAUAUUACUGUGAGCAGGGCAAUAACUGCCUGGAAAUUGGUUCUAGCUGGGCGGUUUCCACUACUUAGCCAAUGGUGUGACUUUGUUGAGAAAAAUCAACGGUACAACAUCUCUGAAGAUACCUGGCAACAACUGCUAGCUUUCAGCUUGUGUACCCAAGAAAAUCUGGAAGGUGAUGAAGAUGCUUGUAUCCGACUUGGUGCAUGGCCUGUUCUAGUAGAUGAUUUUGUUGACCAUAUGUACAGGUCCUCAGGAUCAUCUUAUGAUAAUUGCAACUUACAAUGUAACUGCGGUGAUCCGCAAUCACAAUCGUGUAUUUUUGAAGACUUAGUUCCUGGAAUGAGAAAUUUAUCUGGUUUAAAGAGGAAGGUAUCGCAUGGCAUAGGGGAAGACGACAUGGAGGCCAUAUAUACUCCCAUCUCUGUCGCAGCUGACUUGAGCCCCUCAAAAAGAAGCAGAGGGAAUAUUCAAGGUGCAAUGAAUUCGGAGGAAAAUCCCGUGGGGGAUGCUAUAGAGGAUUGUAAUGGAAUUGCCAGAAAUAAUAGCCCCUUGUGUUCAUCAAAAUCGCCAUGUGCAGUUGAGCGCUGUCUUUCAAAGGGCUUUGCAGGGCUUCUCUCAACACGUUCCUUUGUGUAGUACUGUUAGUCUGGUCAGGAAAAGAGGGCGUUCUUUAUAUGAAGCACCAAUUGUGGUUGAGGUAUAUAAAAUAUUCAUACGCGAAAUGAUAUAAGUUGUUUUUUUUUUCCCCUUUCGAAUUAUAUUAAUAUGGCAUGUAGCUGGUGUGUUUGAUUGUCCCUUCAAUCCCAUUUGAUAAAAUCAAUAAAAAGCUUUUACUUUCUUCU